AUGCUACCAAGAAGGGCAUUGUAUGGGACUUAUAAGUCCACACUUUCAUUUUGCAAUGCUAUUAAACCUUAUUCCCAAUCAUCUGACGAUGUACUGUCGAGAAUUAAAAUGGAACCUAUUAAAAGGGUAAAUGAAUCUAUCGACACCAUGAGAUCAAGACUCAUUUACCAGUCACGCAAAAGAGGUAUCCUUGAAACAGAUUUACUGUUAAGCGGGUUUGCUGCUAAGAACUUGAAGAAUAUGGGGAUGGAUCAACUGAAGGAAUACGACGCUUUCUUGAACGAGCUAGAUUGGGAUAUUUACUACUGGAUCACACAAAUUCACAAUAAAGAAGUACCAGAAAGAUGGAAGAAUUCAGAAAUCUUGCAGAAGCUAAGAGAUUUUUGUAAAAAUGAAGAGAAAAAGAUAUUAAGAAUGCCUAACCUCGAAAAUUUUUAA